ACAAUAUAGCACAUUUCAAAUACCAUGUCAAGCACAGCCGGUCAGGUCAUUAAGUGCAGAGCCGCGGUGGCGUGGGAGGCUGGAAAGCCAUUAGUGAUUGAAGAAGUGGAGGUGGCACCACCUCAGGCAAAUGAAGUCCGCAUCAAGAUUCUCUUCAACGCACUCUGCCACUCUGAUGUUUACUUUUGGGAAGCUAAAGGGCAGACACCGUUGUUUCCUCGUAUAUUGGGUCAUGAAGCUGGAGGAGUGGUGGAGAGUGUAGGUGAAGGUGUGACUGAGCUCAAACCAGGAGACCAUGUUCUCCCAUGCUUCACUGGAGAAUGUGGGGAUUGUCGCCACUGUCAUUCAGAGGAGAGCAACUUGUGUGAAACUCUUCGGUUCAAUAAUGUCAGGGGUGUUAUGCUCAAUGAUGGCAAGACAAGAUUCUCCAAAAAUGGACAGCCCAUUUACCACUUUCUUGGCACCUCCACAUUUAGCGAAUACACUGUUGUUCAUGUUGGCUGUGCUGCCAAGAUCAACCCUGAAGCCCCACUUGACAAAGUUUGUGUACUUAGUUGUGGAGUAUCCACAGGUAUGGGUGCCACUUUGAAUGUUGCAAAACCCGAAAAGGGUCAAUCUGUAGCCGUCUUUGGAUUGGGUACUGUUGGCCUUGCAGCUUGUGAAGGCGCAAGGAUGGCUGGGGCUGGAAGAAUCAUUGGUGUUGAUCUGAACCCUGGUCGUUUCAAUGAGGCCAAAAAGUUUGGUGUUACUGAUUUUGUGAAUCCAAAAGAUCAUGACAAGCCAGUUCAAGAGGUGAUUGCUGAGAUGACCGAUGGAGGAGUGGAUCGGGCUGUUGAAUGUACUGGAAGCUUCAAGGCCAUGAUCCAAGCAUUUGAAUGCGUUCAUGAUGGUUGGGGUGUUGCAGUACUUGUUGGAGUACCAGGUAACGAUGACGCAUUUACGACUCAUCCUAUGAAUUUUUUGAAUGAGAGGACACUUAAGGGUACUGCUUUUGGCAAUUACAAGCCCCGCACUGAUCUUCCUACUCAGGUGGAAAAGUACAUGAAAAAGGAGUUGGAAGUGGAGAAAUUUAUCACUCACUCAGUCCCUUUCUCGGAGAUCAACAAAGCGUUUGAUUACUUGCUGAAAGGACAGUCUAUCCGAUGCAUUAUCCGCAUGGAAGCUUAA